GACGUUUCCAACUCAACCCCUAUUCGCAAGUGCUGCUUUUCACUCCAUUUCGACACCCCUGUUGUAAUUUUCUGUUCCUGAGUACCGUGACCAUGUCAGACGACGACUUCAUGUACGACGAAGACGACAACUAUGAGUUUGAGUACGACGAAGACGAGGGCGAUGACCAGGACGUCGGCGUCGAGAACAAGUACUACAACGCCAAAGCCAUGCGCGACGAAUUCGAGGUUGCCCUGCAAGAGUUCCAGGCUGUGAUUUCCGAGGAAGACCCGGCCGGCGACUGGGGGUUCCGCGCAACCAAGCAAAUAAUCAAGCUCUAUCUGGCGCGCAAGGACUACGCAAAUGUCCUUGAGUACUACAGCCGCAUGCUGGACUUUGUGCGCAAGUCGAUUGUGACGCGCAACUACGCCGAGAAGAGCAUCAACAAUAUGCUCGAGCGCUUCACGAUGCAGUUUUACCAGAGGACGCUGGGCGUGCUGAAGGAGGCCAAGAACGACCGGCUGUGGCUGCGCACCAGCCUGCGCCUGGCAAAGCUCCUGCUGGACCAGAAGAACUACAAGGCGCUGCGCGAACAGCUGGGGGCGCUGCGUAGCGAGUGCGUGGAUGCGGCCGGCGCAAUAAUCCUGGAGCGCGGCACCCAGCUGCUGGAAAUCAACGCAAUGUACCUGAGCAUGUACGCGGAUCUGGACGAACCAAAGAAGCUGAAGGACAUCUACACCGAAUGUGUGGGCAUCAAAUCUGCCAUCUCCCAUCCGCGCGUGCUAGGCCUGAUUCGCGAGUGCGGCGGCAAGAUGUUCAUGAGCGAGCAGAACUGGGAAGGUGCAAGGUCGGACUUUUUCGAGUCCUUCAAGAACUACGACGAGGCAGGCAGCCCGCAGCGCAUCCAAGUGCUCAAGUAUCUGGUGCUGGCAUCUAUGCUGUCCGAGAGCGAGAUCAACCCGUUUGCGUCGCCUGAGACCAAGUCGUACCGCGACGACCCGUCCAUCUCGGCCAUGACCAACCUGGUCACCGCCUAUGAGCAGCAGGAUCUGGAAACCUUUGAGCGCAUCUUGCGCCAGAACCCACGCGAUAUUGAAAACGACACCUUCAUCAAAAACUACAUUGGCGACCUGCGCCGCACCGUGCGCAUGCAGGCCCUGCAGACCGCCGUUGCGCCCUAUACCCGCCUGCUGAUUGCUCUGAUUCUCGACAAGCGCCUGAUGGCAAAGAUUGACCAGGAGAACGCAAUAUUGAUUCUGGAGCAGCAGUCAGCCGAUUCGUCGCAGUACUGAGUCGCUCAACAAGUGGGCCACAAACAUCGAGUCGCUCCUACAGUCCUCGAUCUCCAUUCUGAGUUGAACAUGGUGACGAAAUAUAUCUGUAACAACCCCUCGCCAUUUCUUUGAACAGCGAAAGGUUGUGUCUGGAGUAGGCAUUCCGUAUACUUGGACCAGUGUUCACCCUCCCACCCACACAGCGUCAUUUAUACGACCCAAAUGUAGCAUUAAAGAC